GAGUGGGAGUUGCGGCGUGCACAGGCACACGAAGCUCUGGACGAGCUUCGCCGACAACUCCGACUUCGUACUCACCUCUACAAGUUCAAGGAUGCGCACAUUCGUGGUCAACGAGCCAAUACUAGGGCGUCCACGGUGCUUAACAAAGUAGAACAAACCGUAAAAACUGCUGUUGCGAGGUAUCGCAGAGCCUGGUCAGCCGUCAAGACGCUAUCCGUGGUCCUGGGCAAGCCAAACUGGGAAGUCGAGCUGCCAGAGUUACGACCGGCUGAUGUUCGUGGGAUGACAGAAGGAGAAGCCGGGCAAUCUGAAGGCACCCGCACCUUGUCCUGGAUUUGGAAGACCCACGGUGUAGCACGGGGAAUUGACCUAAUCCUUCGAAUAGGAUUGCGUAUUGAAUGGUGCAAGUCUCGGGCACGCGCUAACCGGUGGGCCGAAGAAGUGGACCUCCUGCAAGAGGAGAUGCGGCGUGUAGCCAGCUUUCUUUCGUGGCAUGCUGGGUGGUGGGAGGAGCAGGCAAAUCGGAGGACCGCCCUAGCUGCACCCGAACAGGAGGGGAUCAAGGGGUAUGCGAAACGGCAGGCUGCUCUUCGUAGAGCCAUG